GGGUGUUACACGAUCUAAAUCUUACAUUGGACCCUGGAGCAGGCGUUGCAGGAAGGCUUAGACCUCCACAGAGCAGCAGCUGCACCCGCCACUAAGAUGACGCAAGAAAACAUUUUCCUCUUCGUCCCCAACCUCAUUGGUUAUGCCCGCAUCAUCUUUGCUUUUGUGGCUUUCUAUUUUAUGCCAACAUCCCACUUGACAGCAUCUUUUUUCUACCUGCUUAGUGGUUUCCUUGAUGCCUUUGAUGGCCAUGCAGCCCGGGCUCUUAACCAAGGCACUCGCUUUGGCGCCAUGCUGGACAUGUUGACAGAUCGCUGUGCCACCAUGUGCCUGUUGGUGAACCUGGCUAUGCUCUACCCUGAAUCUGCCCUCUUGUUCCAACUCAGCAUGAGCCUUGAUGUGGCUUCCCAUUGGCUGCAUCUCCACAGCACAGUGGUAAAAGGUGCUGAGAGCCACAAGAGCAUUGACUUGUCGGGGAACCGGAUCCUACGGGUCUAUUACAGCUCCCGGCCCGUACUCUUCAUUAUGUGUGCUGGUAACGAACUCUUUUAUUGUAUGCUGUAUCUGCUGUGCUUUGGCGAAGGACCAGAAGUCCUGCUGGUGCACCUGGGUCUCUACCGCCUGGUACUGUGGGUUUCUGCCCCCAUAGCCAUCGCCAAGAGUCUCAUCAGCCUAAUCCACUUGGUCUGUGCCUCAUGCAACAUGGCUGCUUUGGACGCUGCUGAACGUGCAAAAAGGAAGUAGCAUUUAAGGAUGGCGGUGGUGGAGGAGGAGCAUCGCUCCUCUCGUGCUUCCUGUGGGACCAGCUGCCAACCCUUUCUGUGAUGGGACGGGGCUUUGCCUCGGAUUAACCACUCCAAUUGUGCAGUUCUUGCUUGAUGUGAUACCCCAACCCGUGAUGCUUUGUGACCUGUGUGGGAUGAUGGGACAGGUCCUGCUCCUCCUAGCUUCCUCCUUCAUCCCCAUAAUGCUAUGCAGCAUUUAGGAAACUGUUGGCUGAUGGGGAGGAAUUUACCUCAGUAAUGGGUUGAAAGGGAAGACUCUGAUUUGCCACUCCGAGGGCAUCUAAUUGUCAUUUGAUGGUUUACAGGUCUAUGCCUCACACCGGUGGUGUGUCUUUGGCAGAACAACAUGACAGAAGCUCUCUGGAGUCCUGUCCUAGCUGUUUGUUUUCCAAAACUACAAAAAAAUAUGGGAGGGUACACAUGUAUGCAUAUCAUUCCCAGAAUUAUCCAAAUAAGGCCAUGGGCAGCCUGUGGCUCAGUCACCAUGUGGCUGUGAUUUACUUCUGAACAUACCAACAAGUUUGAAAGUGAUUAUCCUAUGCUCUUAUGAGGUAGCCCUAUAGAGGCCUUGAGGGCCCCAUAUUCAUGGUUCAGUAUUGUCCCCUUGGGAUUGCUAGUGGUUGCCCCAUUUAACCUUUGUGCCGCCAUUUGCAUUGCUGGCCCAGGCUGCCCUUUCCCGCAGUAUUUUCUGUCUCGCAUGAAUGGUUCUGCAGAAAUGCUUGACCCUCAGGUGGCCAUAUGAAAACAGCUGUUUGAAACCCUGUCCCUAGUACACCGACUCCCCACAAUGCUUUGCUUCCAGAAUGUCCGAAUUUCUUCCUCUGCCACCAUCAACUGUUUUGUUAUACAGAUGAGAGGCUCUAUACUCUGGGGGAGCAGAGGGCACAGAGGAGCCAUUUUGUGAUAGUGGCAUGGAGGAUUCUUCUAGUGGCCAACAGCCCUUCUUAUAACUUCACACACCACUCAGACUAACUGUAGUCAAAACCUGCUGAUCCUUUUCUCUCAGUCAUGUGUUGACACUAUUGAAGGAGUGAGGUAAAUAGUGACCAGUGUCAACAUCCAUCUUGUUUACCCAUGAGACCCUCGUUCUUUCUUCUGGCCUGCCCCGAAUGCCCUUUGGGGGGCAGACUUGCACUCCUGUUUCCUCUCCUAUUUCCCCAGUCUAUUAGAUUCAGUUGCCAUAUUGUGUCAUAGUUUUCCCCUUUUUGAUCUGUUUUCAAUGAUGGCUAGGUUUACAAUGAUAUGGUAGCCAUCUUAGACUCACCUAGGUCUUUGGGGCUUCUCUCUCUCUCUCUCUCUCUCUCUCUCUCUCUCUCUCUCUCUCUCUCUCUCUUUAAAAUCCAUCUAUUAUAUUAAUUCUGGGUGUGCCUUGGAAUGUGUGUCCCAGAGCCCAGCUGAUUGGCUGGGUGGCGGACGCACCUGAUUGGCUGAGGUGCACCCAGGAGGAUUGGUUGCCACGGCAGUGGCCCAGCCAUGGAGGCCAGAGGUGGUGGGCCUGGCCCGGCCACCGAGGCAAGGUUCAGGAGUGGGGAAGGGGGGGGCAGAAGUGGCAGUGGUGAGGAGAGGUGGCUGGGCCUAGAAGCAGAGACUGGGGCAGAAGGGGGUGGGGAGAGGUAACCGCCGGCCCCAAAGAGCACACAGAUGCUUUGUGCGGGGUCGGAUAGUUUGCUCAUAUUAGCAAUGGGAUUUGGAGUGACUGUUGAGGUAGUGGAGACAGAGGAAGAGGUGGCGGCAGCAGGAUUGGGCAGGCAUAUUAGAAGAGGCAAGUUAAGGAGCUGGAGUGGCGCUUGAGACUUGGCAGCUCUCCUGGAGCAAACAACUUUGGGUAACUGGUAACUCGCAUCCUUGUAUAUUAAGCCAAAUUAGAUAUAUUUGCCACCCGCAUCCCUCAGCUAGAGUGGAUGGGGGAGGGGGACCGUUUAGGUUGGGGUAACUAUUCCUUCUUAUUUCCCUGAAGGGGUCCCACACUGUCUCUUUCAGGAUGGGGGACAGUGUUACCUUGCAGUGCCCUCUCCUACCUUCACAGUGUCACUGCCACACCUUCACGGCCACCCCAGUUGUAUAUAAUUUGUAUGUGAGUUUUUAAGAACAAAACCUGGUGCAAUAAUAGGCCUCUCUCUUUACAGAGUGGGAGUUGCUAAAAUAAAGACAACUAUGUGACCAUC